AUGUCAACGAUGUUACAUCACAUUUGUUUUGUAUAAUUUAGAUUAGAUUAGGCGGACAAUCCGGCGACUUGUACUGGUGAAAAGUUAAUACAACAGUACAGUUCGGAUGUCCUGUAAAAUGUCGCGAGUGUUCAGAGAAAUAAUCAGAGCUCAUAAGGCCGGAAGUGCUUUGAAUGUGCGAGCGUUCUCCGUCAGCAGUGCUAACAACAGUGAUGAGUUCGACAUCGUCGUUGUCGGAGGCGGCAUCGUGGGGGCUGCCACCGCCCGAGAGCUUAAGCAAAGAUACCCCAAUUACAAAAUGGCUAUUGUUGAAAAAGAAGCUGACCUGGCGAGGCAUCAAAGUGGACAUAAUAGCGGCGUCUUACACGCUGGCAUCUACUACAAGCCAGGUUCUCUCAAGGCAAAAUUGUGUGUGGAAGGUCUUAACUUGGCAUACAAAUACUGUGACUCCAAGAAAAUUCCGUACAAGAAGGUCGGCAAACUCAUAGUUGCCUCCACCCCUGACGAAGUGGACAAGCUGCACGACUUGCACGAAAGAGGAAAGAAAAACAACGUGGCUGGUCUGGAACUUAUAAAGGGAGAAAGAUCAAUCAAAGCAAUAGAGCCGGUCUGUGAAGGACUGGAAGCCCUUUGGUCGCCCAAUACUGGGAUUGUGGACUGGGCUGUGGUUACAAAAAGCUACGGAGAAGACUUCAGGAAAGGUGGGGGUACCAUUCAUCUGAAUUUCGAAGUCAAUGGUUUCGAAGAGGCUAAAGACGGUGGGCACCCAGUCUUGAUUAAAUCCAAAUCUGGAAAGACCAUCAAGGCCAAAUACGUCCUUACUUGUGGAGGCUUGCAGUCAGACAAGCUAGCAGAAAUGUCUGGGUGUCCAAGAUCACCCAGAAUAGUACCCUUUAGAGGCGAAUACCUCCUACUCUCCCCUGAAAAGGCCCCCAUGGUUACUACUAACAUCUAUCCAGUCCCAGACCCUAGAUUUCCCUUCUUAGGGGUGCAUUUUACCCCCAGGAUGGACGGUAGCAUCUGGUUGGGUCCAAAUGCUGUUUUGGCCUUUAAACGAGAAGGAUACAAAUGGACUGAUAUUAAUAUAGGAGAACUUAUGGACGCUUUGCUGUAUCCUGGUUUUAGAAAAAUGGCUUUUAAGUACGUUCGCGCAGGUUUGCACGAAAUGGCAAAGUCUCUGUACACACCAUUACAGGUCAAAGAUCUACAAAAGUAUAUUCCAUCCAUUACAGCCAAGGACUGCCUUUCUGGGCCUUCGGGGGUCAGGGCUCAAGCAUUAGACGAUGAAGGCAAUUUGCUGGAAGACUUCUAUUUCGACAUGAAGAAAGACCAGGGUGCUAGUUCCACGGCAGACAGGAUUCUUCACUGUAGGAACGCACCAAGUCCUGGUGCGACGAGCUCGUUAGCUAUAGGAAAAAUGAUAGCAGACAAAAUCAGAGACGAAUUUAAGUUAAGCUGAAGUGUCAUUUUAUUUGUAUGUACAACUGCACCUAAAUGCAUUUAUAACUCGUGCUAGAUUCAUCGCUUUCUUUCAGGAUUGAAUCACUGGGAUGUUAUUUAUUUUUAGUAAACUUUGCAAUGCCUGUAAUAGCAAAUAUUUUGAAGAGUAGCUACGACACGGCUUCUGCCAGAUAAAACACUAGUUUGCUCAUGUUGAAACACUUUAAUCCUGUACAAAUAUUAUUCCUUAAGCAAAAAUAUUUGCCAACGAAAAUAUAAUUUUUAUCAUAUACGGUGAUAUAAACUGUGUUCGAAUAAAUUUAGGGUGAUUAAAAAAGGGAUUACAAUUUUUUGAUCAUCAUAAUGAAUAAUACAACGAAGUCUUGACAAUAUUUUUGGGUAGCCUGAAAUAAAAUUGCGCAGCAAUAAAACAAACCAUGGGUACCCAUAAACAAAUCUUAGAAAUAUUAAACAUUUUAUAAAUUAACUAAAAUUCCAGUUUAAAUCGAAAUUGUAGUGGAAAACACUACUAUAAGUGCUUUUUAUUUCAUAAAAGAUAUUUAUAUUCCAAGUUAAAUAUGUUAUCAUAAUCAUAGAUUAGACAAUAACUUAAACAUUUUUCAACGCUCUGUGAAGAGUAUUGUUAUUUUUUUUUAUAGAUAUCUAUUUAUUGUUACGCUUGUUAUCUGUUGAAAAAGUUUAUAACAUUUAUUGUCGCAAAUAUAACAUCGUUCAAGA